AUGGCCAUCGGAGCUUUGGUGGCUGCCUUUCGCAUUGGAGCUCUAGCAACCGGUCGGCUAGCGGGGGCAUUUGACUCAGAAUUUCCCUCUGCUGAAGAUAUUUACCACAGUUUCAUGGAGGAGCUUCGAACUGAAUGUGUUGCUCCGGCAAAGAGAGAACGGCAAACACCGGAUACACCUCCGACAUCCUUGUCGCUGGGAGGUGUUACCCCAACAACGCCGGAUGCGCCAAGGAGAAAGCGCCCUGCUGCGCGCGCACCCAACGUUUUGGCAAAAUUACUUCUGAACUCUGCUGAAGAUGUUUACCAGAGCGUCAUGGAGGAGUUUCGAGCCAAAUAUGUGGCUCCGGCUAUUGUGGAGACAAAGAGAGAACGGCACAUGCGGGUUCUGAUGUCUCUACGGACGGUGCUAAUGAUGGCAUAUAUGAGGCGGAAAAGAUGUUAAGGGUUACUGAUCUAGUUAAUGGACGGAGAUGGGGUUUAAAGCCUAUUGAAGCAAAGAUGUGAGACUGAAAAACGGAGGAUUUUGAAGAUUCAGCUGCGAAUGAGGAAUCUGAUGAUAAAUUCAUUAGGUUGGGUACAGAAUGAUGGAUCUAUACUGUAAAAUCUGGAUAUUAUAUGUCUGAGGAAGAUAAAAGCAGCAUGCCAAUCAAAGAUCCUGGUAGUUCCUUUCUGAUGCCAAAAGACCUGUGAAAGAGGGUUUGGAAAGCUGGUAGUACUUUCUGAAAUGCAGCAAUUCAUGUUGCGAGUGCUAAAUGGGGCAUUGACUAGGGAAUACAUCUAAAUAGGUGUUUACUGAUAAGGAACUGGCAAACUCUGGAUUCUGGUGCUGUAAGAAUAAAUCUGGAUGGACCUCUUAAUGUGGGCAUUGUGUGCAGAGAUAGCUAUGAGCUAAUAUGUUUAUCUCACUUCUGAGUAAUCAGCGUUUUGUUGUUAUAUCUUUUAUUUUAUUUUUUUGGGUAAUUUUGUUGGUUGUUUCGUGAAGGUUUGAUAAGUGAUACAGCUUUGUAACUGUAUGAGGGCAGAGUGGGCAUUUUGUAUUUGUUGGGUUGGGUCACAUUGUAAUUUCAUUUCAACAGUUUACCGUUGUUUUUAGUUGCUCAUAUUUGGGUGUGCGAGUUGGUAUCUUACUCGAACAUUAACAGCA